GAAAAGACGUUUAUGUCAUGUUUAUAUCAUAUGUGCAACGUAAAAAAUAUAUAUAGAUAAAUUGAACGCAGCAUACGUUUUAGCUCUACACAGGCUAAUCUGGGCGCGUGCAGUAGCUGUUUACUUCUUGCUAGCUUGUUGACGCUUUUAACAGACUGCUUUUAAUUGAACUAAUUUAAUCUUCACACACUUUUAAUUACCUUUUAUUUUACGCUAGUUGUGCUGGGUUUUCACAUUUAAUCGUCGUUUCCAAGCAUGGUCCACUGAAAAACGAACUUCAGUACUAAAUAUAGCAUAAGAGUAGGUUCUGAAAUAGAAUACAUACUGUGUAGUAUACAUACAUGCUAGUGUGGUUGUGCUCAUUUACUCUUAUCUCUACUCAGUCUGCGUAGCUUGAUCGGUUUUGAAGGCUGGCAUAAAAUACACAGCAUCAUGGCUGACAAUGAAGUGACCACGAGUCAUCAUGCUUUAAUGGAGGUCAUGGAGCCUUCAGAUAUGAAUCUGCCCCUGCCGUCCGAGACGGAAAACCUCCAAGAUGAUGUGAUUUUAAUCAGUCCCUUAACCCCACCACUAUCCUCCCUUCCAGCUCUGAAGCAACGUCAGCUCUGGAUGGACACAGAGUGUGGAGUAAGCAGUAACGCUGACGAAUCUUUUUCAGUGAAGCCUUCUGACAGCGUGAGAGACACGGAGCCUCUGUUUGGACGCGAGCUCAUGCCUACAGAGUUAAUGCAGAGGGGCAAUUUCAAGACACACGAGUGUUCGGAGUGCAGAAAAGUAUUCAGGACCACGUACGCUCUCAACAAGCACUUGCUCACCCACCAACUGGAAAUAUCUCAUGUCUGUAAUAUCUGCCAGAAAGAGUUUAAACGCCACAAUCACCUCACAAGCCACAUGAUGACUCACCAGAAAAGGAAGGAUUAUCGUUGCUCUCAUCCUGGCUGCCAGAAGAUGUAUUGUGGCUACCGCUCACUAAAACACCAUUGUGCCACGCAACAUGGUACAUACCUCCUCCCUCCAUCCUCACAGCCCAGUGCCCUUAACACCCAACCAUGCCCACCUCUGCGGGAGCCUUUAAAGCUUCCUGCAGUGAAUGAUGGUGCAUCGACCUCAGCUGACUAUCACUCUUACCUCCCUCCACCGAAACCUCGUUCCAUCCUUCAGUUUGAGGGUUACACCAGCUGUGGAACCAGUUACAACAAUUACACUUUGGCAGAAAAUCUCGACUUGAGCCGCAAUCCCAAGGACCCCAACGUAUUUCGAGUAAAACUUCCUGUGAACUCUAAAGCGUGGAGCCUAGCGGGAGAUGGAGCUUCUUGCAGUUUUGUGACUGCAAAUGACUUGCCGGCAUCUCAUAAUACGGUGAUGUCAAACCAAUGGGUAUCAACUUCAAGUCUUGGGGGUAGUGUGGUGGACCCAGUAGAACCAGAAACAGUCCAUACUUGGGAACGUAACUUGGAUUUUUUAGUAACAAAGGAGGUAAAUGGUACUGGAAUGGGGCGUCAGCCAUCUUCAAUUUGCUCCAGAAGGAAUCGACCCACUUUGUUGAAGCUUAGCAUGCAACAGCAUGAACCUCGGAAUGAGCAUGAGGCUCCUCACAUGAGUGGAGAAGCAUCAUGCUCAAAAUCAAAUAUUGCUGGAUCAUCAGCACUCCAGAUGAAACCCAUCAUUCCUCCUUUACCCCCUACACCCAAGACCAAGAAGAAGAGAAUAAGGAAGAAGAACUUGAAGGCUGCCAUUAUUCCCAUCCUUCCUCUACCUUCUCCCAGAUCAACUAGUCAAAGACAAACCAGACCCCACCCUACUUACCUCAUUUCCCCCAGCCAGGUAGCCAUGGCAUCCUUUAGGAAAGAGAGCGCCCCCUCUGACACACUCAAGGGAGGAAGCGCUACUGCAAUGACACGAAAUGGAAGAGAGUCUGGUGAAAGAACAUAUCUAAAAUACCCACCUAGCAGGCAUGCAGAGUCCUCACCUUCACGUCCACAAGUCCCAGCAACCUCCUGCAAGAUGGACCAACAGUUAGUGGACUCAAUCUUUUCAACAAAGGGUGGGCGAGUGGACAUGGCUGGUGAUUGUUACCAGCCGGACCAGGGAGUCCAGCUUUCCCCACUCGUCAUCCCAGUUUCUUUCCCUGUCUCAAGCAAAAAAGCCGCAUUCGACCUAGCCUCUGGACAAACAGUCAAGAAGCAGCAGAAUGUCAAACAUCUGUCCUCGACGUCUCGUCAGAUGUCCAGUCUUCUUAGGAGCUUAAUCACAUCCAACCUGGCGGCAGGAGGUUACCCGAGUCAGCUGCGUUCACCCACCUACCUCACCGACCACCUGCUGAACAUUGAUCCACCUCCCUAUACUCCACCUCCCAUGCUAAGCCCGCUACGACCAGGAACAGGGCUCUAUUUCAACACCCUACCCCAGUACCAGCCUUGCCUGCCACCACCUAGCAUCUAUUCUGCUUCCCCGGGUGGGUAACUAAUAUCAAAGGUGGCAUUUGUUUCUCAUUAACGUCAUACUAAAAGUUGAAUUCUCACUGCUGACUUCUCUCCAGAUGGUCAAGACAAGAUCUCUUUAAUCUUGGAUAAUACGGUCGUCAGUAUAAAUCCGUGAGUCACUUCUACCAUCACUGGUAUGUUUUGUCACUCAUUCUCUCACAUAUUAUUGUGCCUUCUUUUUUUUUUUUUUUUUAUAUAGAAAGAUCAAUGUAGGUUCACGUUUCCAAGCUGAGAUCCCUCCACUGCGCAAUCCUUUGCUUAUUCUGUAUGAUGAGCACCCUGCUCAGCUUGUCUGGGCUCCAUGGGGAGACCUGUCCACUAAUCCCAAGACACAGCAGAAGGGUUUGUUUCCGCCACACUCAGACUUACAAACCUCAUAAUGCGUGGAUUUUUUGGUGCAGUAUUGAGAAUGGAGGUAGAGUGUGCAAUUUUGUGCCACAGUUACAGAAUUCCUAGACAUGUGCUGUUCCAGUGUGCUACCAGGAGGGGGCACAAACACCGAACUUGCACUUCACUGUCUGCAUGAAGUCCAAGGAGAAAUUCUAGCUGCACUGGAUUUGCUCUUAGUUAGAGGAGAUUAUUGGACUUCCUGUCACCCACUAAAUGACUAUCAUUACACAGGGUCUGACCAUUGGACUUCUCAGGAGAUGAGACUCUUCCAGAAAGCUCUGCUCAGUCACACCAAGGAUUUUCAGUUAAUUCAUAAAGCGUUACAGACCAAAUCAGUGGCCCAGUGUGUGGAGUAUUAUUACACCAUGAAGAAGCUGAAGAAGUUCAAGCAGCGGUGCAGAGAAAUAGAAAACACAGAUGGCGCUGGAAUGAAUUCUGUAUGGUCAUAUUAUUAAGAAAUAGGCUUUUUAUGUAUGUAUGUAUGUAUACAGUGCCCUCCACUAAUAUUGGCACCCUUGGUAAAUAUGAGCAAAGAAGGCUGUGAUAAUUGUCUUUAUUGUUUCAUUUUCACAAAAUUCACAAAAAUACUCCGCUGUCAUAGAUAUUAAACAAUUGCAAACACAACACAGGUUUAUCAAAAAAAAAAACAUUUUUCAAAUAUCAAUUUUUUAAAUAUCAAUGGGAACAUACUUCAAAUAUAUUUUUCUCAUAUAAAUUCAUAGGGGUGCCAAUAAUUGUUGCAAACCUAUAUUUAACUUUAUAAACCUGUGUUUUGUUUGCAAUUGUUUGAUUUCCAUGACAGAAGAUGAUUUUUUUUUUUUUAAAACAAAAGAUCAAAAGGUUAUCCAUCCAUCUUCUAUACCGCUUAUCCUUUUCAGGGUCGCGGGGGAACCUGGAGCCCAUCCCAGGGAGCAUUUGGCACAAGGCGGGGUACACCCUGGACAAGGUGCCAAUCCAUCGCAGGGCACCAAAAGGUUAAACAAUAAAGACAAUUUUUCACAGCCUUCUUUGCUCAUAUUUACCAAGGGUGCCAAUAUUAGUGGAGGGCACUGUAUGGAGUCUGUAAUCUAAUUGUAGCAUAUGACAAAUGCUUGCUCUUGCUUGAGCUUACUGUAAAGCAAUACUUUAAAACCUUGGGUGUUAGGAGUCUCACAGUGCCACAGAUGAGCAGUAGAAUGAUAAAACUGGAGCCAGGAAAUCUUUAAACACACUGAAGGGAAUGCUUCUAUGCCAUCCUGCCAAAAACUGGGAAUAUACCUGUGAGGAGUGUGGCAGGUUCUGCUCUACAGUAUGCUGUAUAUUUUCCAUUCUAGUAUACAUUUUCUUUUGGUGUCUUAAGGUUAAUCAUAUACACAUUACCUCAAAAUAUGUAUGUGUAUUUUUCAGGGGUUUUCAUAAGACAAAUAUUCACAAUGCUCAUAUGAAAACCCAUGGGCAUCAGGAGAGAGAGAGGGUUUUAUCGUGUGCACAGCUUGUCCCAGGAGGCAGGGUCAAGGAGCAGACAGGUUAGAGGUCAGUCGUAGUCUUGCCAAUGUUUGAAAGAUCUGUGCCCAUAUGGACCAUCAGAAUAGGGGUUUGGUUUGACCUCAAUCUGUGAUCUUAAUCUAUAAUCAAUCGUAUAUUAGAAAUUAGUGACACCGGUCAGUUUAAUUUUAGAAGUUAAAUCAAAAUAUUUUCAAACGUAAGACAAUAAUUUGAAAAGCCAUGUUAUUCACGUUAUAUCAGUUUUUAAAAUGACCUGUUUUUGUUCAAAUAUCCAAGUUUUCAUGGUCAUAAAUAAAAAGGAAAAUGCUUGUUGUUCAAUACC